AUGUCCACGUUCGGUACACUCUUCAAAGUGACCACUUUUGGCGAGUCGCACUGCCAGUCAGUCGGGUGCAUUGUCGAAGGUGUCCCCCCCGGGAUGCCCCUCCGCGUCGCUGAGGACUUGCAGCCUCAAUUGUCCAGGAGACGCCCCGGCCAGUCGAAGUUGUCGACGCCACGGAACGAGCGCGACGCAGUGAUCGUGCAGUCUGGGGUAGAGUUCGACACUACAUUGGGCACACCGCUUGCCAUGCUCGUCAAGAACGAGGACCACAGGCCCAACGACUACAAGGGAACAGAUCAGUACCCGAGACCGUCGCAUGCUGACUUCACUUACGCGGAGAAGUACGGGCUACAGGCGUCCUCAGGUGGUGGGAGGGCCUCGGCAAGAGAAACCAUCGGGAGAGUCGCCGCGGGGGCCGUCGCUGAGAAGUUCUUGAAGUUGGCUUCGGGGGUCGAGAUCGUCGCCUUUGUGUCACAGAUUGGUAGUGUCGCCAUGCAGCGUGACCCCUUUGACAAGAACUUCCAACACUUGUUGAACACUAUUACCAGGGAGAAAGUCGACUCUGUUGGGUUUAUUAGGUGUCCAGACACCUCGGUCGCUGGUGACAUGGUCAAAGAGAUUGAGAAGUAUCGUGGGCAGCAGGACUCCAUCGGUGGGGUCGUCACCUGUGUCGUGCGUAACUGCCCAAUUGGACUUGGCGAACCCUGUUUUGACAAACUCGAGGCUCUGUUGGCACACGCAAUGCUCUCAAUCCCAGCCUCGAAAGGGUUCGAGUUCGGGUCCGGGUUCGCAGGUGUCUCCGUGCCAGGGUCCCAACACAACGACCCCUUUUACUUCGAUGAGGAGGCAGGGAGACUGCGCACAAGGACUAACAAUUCCGGUGGGAUCCAAGGUGGGAUCUCCAACGGUGAAAACAUCUACUUUAACGUCGCCUUCAAGUCAGUAGCUACGAUCUCUCAGGAACAGCACACGGCCACCUACGAGGGGAAAGACGGUGUGCUCGCCUCAAAGGGUAGACACGACCCGGCGGUCACACCACGUGCGAUCCCUAUCGUUGAGUCCAUGGCUGCACUCGUUCUCGCGGACCAAUUGCUCAUCCAGCGGUCCAGAGACUACUCGAGAGGUGUGGUUGCCAAGUAG